UUCAUCAAAUACAUGCACACUUUUUUUUCGCGGUGAAACGAAUCGGACGCAGAAUUUGCGUCGCUUGAAUUAAAAUAACUUUAACAAAGUAAUUAAUUUGUUUAGUGGAAUUAUAGAGUCAAGAGCCCACACGCAUAGAUACAGAAAAGUAUUGAUUUUCGUCCAAGAUGGCGGACGACGAGCAAUUCAGCUUGUGCUGGAACAAUUUCAACACAAACUUGUCGGCUGGCUUUCACGAGUCGCUAUGUCGCGGGGAUCUGGUGGACGUUUCCCUGGCGGCCGAGGGCCACAUAGUGAAGGCCCAUCGACUGGUGUUAUCUGUGUGCUCACCAUUUUUCCGGAAGAUGUUCACCCAGAUGCCGUCGAACACCCAUGCAAUCGUAUUUUUGAACAAUGUUAGCCACUCUGCGCUUAAGGACCUGAUCCAGUUUAUGUACUGUGGCGAGGUUAAUGUGAAGCAGGACGCCUUGCCCGCUUUUAUUAGCACCGCUGAAUCGCUGCAAAUCAAGGGGCUGACGGAUAACGAUCCUGCGCCGCAACCGCCACAGGAGCCCAGCCCACCACCACCAGCAGCACCUAAUGUACAACAGCAAGCACCGGCACAGCGGGUGCAGCGACAGCAGCCGCGUGCCUCCGCCCGCUACAAGAUCGAGACUGUGGACGAUGGCCUGGGAGACGAUAACAAGGGAACAACCCAGAUUGUCAUCCAGACCACGGCCGCACCCCAAGCUACCAUCGUACAACAGCCGCAGCAGCAGCAACAACAGCAGCAGCAGGCUUCGCAGAUCCAGACGCAGCAGCAACUGCAGACUGGGACUACGACGACGGCAACGCUGGUGUCGACAAACAAACGAUCCGCUCCGCGCUCCAGUUUGACAACUUCCAGCAGUAGCGGCGUUAAGCGCUCGAAAACAUCUGUCUCCGCCAACGUAAUUGACCCCCUAGACUCGGCCACGGAAACUGGAACCACGACGACGACGACACAGCAGCUGGUACCGCAGCAAAUUACCGUGCAAACGACUGUGGUCUCCGCGGCUGAAUCCAAGCUACACCAGCAGCAGCAGGUUCGCCAGCAGCAGCAGGAGGAAGCUGAAUAUAUUGAUCUCCCAAUGGAAUUGCCCACGAAAUCUGAACCGGACUACUCUGAGGACCAUGGCGAUGCAGCUGGCGAUGGCGAAGGAACAUACGUUGAGGACGAUGCCUAUGGCGAUAUGCGCUAUGACGACAGUUAUUUCACUGAGAACGAGGAUGCUGGCAAUCAGUCUGCGGCGAAUACGAGUGGCGGCGGAGUGACGGCCACCACAUCCAAGGCGGUGGUCAAGCAAAACUACAGUGACUCUUCGUUUGUCGACACCAGCGCGGAUCAAGGCAACACAGAGGCUCAAGUUGAAGUCAAGAUGGAGGAGCAAUCGCCCACGCCCGGAAUGCCCACAGAUGCUGCUGUUGCCGCUUUGGCCGUCACAUAUCUGAACGAUGACGAAUCAUUCCGUAAACCCUUUUCCCUGCCCAAGAUUUUGGACGGUAAGUUCUAUAAGAACAUCCAACCGAACCAAAAGACGCCCGGCGCCAUCCAGGCCACUUGCACCACCUGCUAUGGCCUCAUCUCGGGCACAACCAAAUCAACGGGGAACUUCCUGAGCCAUAUCAAGAGGCGCCACAAGGAGCUCCUGCCACUGUGCCAGCUGUAUUGCCAGGCUAAGGCUAAUGGCAACGUUCCAGCUGCGAUAAAACAUCCCAUACUCAACACGAACCCGGUGGUCACAUCAACUACUCCGACGUUGGAUAUGAUGACGCAGGUUACGCAGAUGCCACCGCCAACUUACGCCACAACAACCACCCAUUUGGCCAUGCCGGUGACUGUACCUGUUCCCGUAUCCAUGUCCCUGGCGAUGCCCUUGUCACUGCCAAGCGUGCAGACGGCGCCACAGAUGAUGGCGCUAAUGCAGCAGCACCAAGCCCACGGAGCGGUUUUCAUCAGCAAGGAUUACUAGCGCAACCUCUGGGGUUGGGGUCAUCAAUGUCUGUGGUUUUGAUCAAGUUUUUGAACUAAUGUCGAUGUAGAGUGUACCUAUACCAAGGUGAUGUUCGAUUUGUGGUGUCUAUAGCUCAGAUCUUAAAGUCUCAAUUUUAUAUGCAAUUUCCAUGACGUUUUAUGUGUAAUUUCGUAUUACACUCCCAACAAACAUUAUUUUAGUUUCAUUAUAUGUAUAUACGAGCUUGCUGCCAUAUUAUAAAAAUGGAUAUGAGGACUGCCCUAAAGAUACUUAAUUUAAAAAGGGCAAGAAAGUAAGGUACCCUUAAUGAGUACGUUUCGGUUUUGUUUUGGUCUUUAUAAUAGGUAUGUGUUGUACCCACUGCAAAUCGACUCACCUAGACUUAAGCUAAGUGCAACGUAAUG